AUGCCUCCUAAUAAGCAGUCGCAUGUCAUGGAGGAGUCCUGGCCCACUGAAGAGGAGGAGCGACAGUCGUCGUCCUCGUCAGUGAGUUCUAAUGUAUUUACGCAAGAUGAAGAGAAUUCGGUACAGGCUAACGAGGUCCCGAUGGAGUGUCCAUCGUGGAGAACAACUAUCGCAUCCCAGGCUGUGAGAAUUCAGGAGCUCGAACGGCGUAUCCGUGAGCUGGAGUCCAGGGCGCGACAAUUUCCGUCGGGGGAGAUUCUAGAGAGACCAUCACAGCAACGAGUUGAGGAGGUUCCCCUCACUCCAUACGGUAGAGGUCCACAAAAGCAAAUAAUUCCACAGUUUAUGAUGUUACAUAAGGACGGGAGCGACUUGACUGGGAUGAUGGGUUACAAGAAUUGCGACGCUCAAAAAAGGAGCAUCUGGUCAGCGCAAACUCAUGCGUCCGCGGACAGAGGGGCUUGCCUCGUCGAGUCGUAUCGGGGUGGCAUUAGUAUUGAUGAUGGAGCUGAGCAAGGGGGCACACCUGCGUCCCUGCCGACCGUACCGUACCCCACGCAACUUACCGAGGAUAGCUACUCUCAGCUGAUGAGCCCGGAGCCAACGUUGUUACCGGAGUUUGAUGAGUCGAAUCUAUUUGACCACCACGGUGAUUGGGGAAGUUAUAAUGACGGUCAAGAAUGUACUCGGUCGGAUUUGGUGUUGGAUGACCCCCCUAUGAGCGUCCAGGAUGAGCUCUGUAGAGAUUUGGAGAGUGAAGGUCGCAAGAGGAAGGCGGCAAGCAUAGAAGGGACGGAUGAUGGUCAAGUUGAGCCCACGUACUCAUCGGAGUGGUUGGCCAACGAUGGAGGCUCCAGCGUAGACCAGCGCGAUGGGAAGAGGCGAGUUACGACGACGACCUCUACAGCUCUAGCGUUGAGGCCGUCGCAGACGGGCUGCGUGGGUACUCCUGUAUCUGAAGUGUCGCAGAAGGCUCCAUCAAGACGCAAACCGACGGCGGUGCAUCGCGGAGGCCCGGGAAGGAAUAUAUCGGCUGAGUCUGUCGUUUCGUUGCAAGAAACGAAGCAGAAAAAGAAGAUGGAUGAUGGGCCUGUCAGGAAGGCUCCUGGUGGGACUCAGAAGGCAUCUCAAGAGAGCUCACAGAUCAAGGACGUAUCACGUGCUUGGUCGAGGCACCAAUCACGAAGUUAUCUCUUCACUUGGUCACAUUCUGAGGAUAUCGAUAAGGCUAAGCCUUGCGAUAUGGGGAAGGAGGAGCUCAGCGGUAUAAUACUCACUAUCAAUAGAGGCAAAAGUCUAUUAUACUACUCCAUUUUUCACGAGCGACAUAAGGAUGGCAACAUGCACGCCCACUUCCUCAUGAAGUAUGCAACUCCGACCCGGUGGAAACAACUGGCCGAUACUCUCCGCAACGUCUAUCGCAUUUUCGCAUCGGUCAGCUGUGCUGUGCCGAAGCCAGGGUUCAAAAUCUGCAUGUACCCAGUGCUCUUCAGCUACUGCUUCCGAACCAAUCCUGAUAAGCCUCUGAUAGACCUCGAUUUGAAACCAUAUCUUUCCGAGAGGCACCCCGAUCCUACCGCGCUGAUAGUCCCUCGAACGCGGCAGGAGAAGGCGAAACGAGUUAGAGCGAUGGAUAGAUGUGACUUCCAGGAGUUCGUGGUGAAGAAUAAUAUAAAAACAGAGAAUGAGGUUUUGGAGUACGCCUGCAGGGACAAAGCGCUCAAUAUGCUUGCAAUGAAUUUGAAGACGGACAUCCAGGCCCUCAUUGAUCGGUCGUGGCAGAUCGCGGGAGCUGCGCGGCGACGCGUGGAGGAGAGCAAGAGCCCUAUGGAAAAGGUCAAGGCUUGCCUCGGAGCCGAAUGUUCGUGUGCUAGUCCUGGCCUGUGGUUUGAGAAAGUAUCAGAAGUUGUGGUACGGAAUCUCCGACAAGAGGGAGCGGAGAGGCUACGGGAGGACAUAAUAAGGAACCUUGAGGAAGGACGGUCGAAGCAAACGAAUGUGGUGAUCUAUGGUGUGGCCUCCAGCGGCAAAACGGCGAUCCUACAGCCGUUAACACGAAUACUAAAGUGUGCAACGACACCUGAUUCGGGCAAGUUCUCUCUCGAAGAUCUGCUGGAAUGUGAGUGCAUCUUCUGGAACGACUUCCGUUUGAAAAGCCUGGGUGAGGCUUGCGAUAUGGGGAAGCUGCUGAACCUCCUGGAAGGCGGCGGCAUCAAGAUUAGCCGACCUCGAAAUCACAAGCAGAAUGACUCUUUUUUCACGAAGCUGGUACCUAUUUUUAUAACGUGCAAUGCUCUCCCUAGCCCUCGGGAGGAGCAAGAUAGAGAGCCUUUGAUUGAGAGGCUUCAGCGACGUCAUUUCUUUCCGUAUAUGAUCGAUCAUAAGGAGCAGAGGUUCACUGUAAAUAGACAGGCCCUGAUUGUGCCUGCGGCAGAGUGGAACGAUCUAAGGCUCAGUCGGUCUGAUGUUGAUAUCAUCAAUAUGAUUAGAACGUUGAUUACCUUGAUAGUCCCCAAGUAA